AUGCUACCCGAGCUCGUCGAGCUCAUCGCGGUCUACAUCGCGCAGCCUUACGACCUCCUGCGCUACCUCUGUGCAUUUGAGAACAGACUUGCGCUGCGUUUGCCGUUCCGAAGCCUCCGUGCGCUGCUGUCGGCAAGCAUGCGCACGCCCGGCCUCCGCGUCUGGCCCGAGCUCGAGCUGCCGCACGACAUCGCCUCGCUGCACCAGUACGUGUGCGACUGCAUGGAGCUGUUUCCAAUCGUACGGACAACGUCGCUCGAGGCACAUGGCGCUUUGCGCCCCGCGACGCUGCUAUCGCUGACCACCCUCACGACGCCCGACGAGGUCCGUACCGCUUGCAUGGCGCCAUGGCGACAUCGGCUCGUCGCGCUCGAGCUGCACCUUUGGGACCGCAUCUUGGUAGACGACGCGUGGACACCAACGUCGCUGGGCUUGCUUGGCGCGUGCUUUCGUUUGCAGCAUCAGCUUGCCUCGCUGUGUCUGCGCUGGCAACUCGGCCAGAGCCAGCGCGCCUUCGAGCACAUUGUUCUUGGCGACGUCCUGGAAAGCAACGUGUUGCAUUUGACGCUGUCGUUCAACGACGCGAGCAAGGUGAUUUGGAGCGAUGCCAUGGCGACGCGUCUCGGCUCGUGGCUACGCUCGUCACGCGUGCAGUCUCUGGCGCUCCAGGGGCUUCGCUUCGACUCGAUGCGCGCGGCCACGCUCCUCGUCGACUCGAUGCAUGCGCUCCGCGACUUGCGUAUCGAGAGCCUGCAACUCGAACGCGCACUGUGUCUGCGGGCGUCGCUGCCGUCUGCGCUGCGAUCGCUUUGCAUCCACGGUGCGUCGGUGCUACCGCAGUGGCGCACCGCUGCUUCGCUCGCGACGCUGGCACUACACUAUGCAUGCCCGAUACACAGCCGUGGCCGCGUCUGGGCCAUGCGACCGCACCUCCAUCGUCUUCGCACGCUUGUGCUGCCCAACGUGGAUCUCGAGAACGAACACGAUCGAGAGGCGCUCAUGGCGCUCUUGCCGCAGCUCACCGAGCUGCACCUCGACACCAAUCACCUCGGCGACGCGGGUGCUCUACCGAUCAUCGCCACUUUGCACCGGUGCCAGUACCUCCAAGUGCUCUCGCUCGACCAGCAAGGCAUCACCGACGUCGCUGCGAUCGCGCUCACACAAGCCCACAAACCGCCCUCGUUGCGCACGCUUCGAUUGGCGCGCAACCGAGUGACGUGCCGUGGCGUCACGGCGCUCUGCCACGUCAUGCCGUAUCUGGAUGUGCUCGAUCUGAGUCGCAACCGGAUUGGCGGCAGUGGCGCCAAGGCCCUCAGCAGUGUCUUGUCACAGACGGCGCACAUGCGGACGCUCGACGUACAGAUGAACAUGCUCGGCGAGGCCGGUGUCUUGGCGCUGAUCGCGUCGCUCCGUAAAGAGAGAAACCUGCGCGCCGGCGUUCUCGUCCUCAGCGCGACGGUGCCGCGCGCCCACGUUCGGACGUGCCGAGCCGCGAUCCAGUCGCUGCCUUGUCCGCACUGGGUCAUCCUUCGGGGCUAG